GAGCAGCCGUCAAAAACGAAAUGUUUUCGCUUCUGGUUAGACAUUUCAUCACAUCCGCUUGUUGGUGUAGGAUAGAGAAAACCAUUUCAAUCACAGGCCGUCAUGAAGCUGCUAAUCUGGUUGUGCCUCCUCGGCUGCCUGGCCAGUGUCCAUGGCAUUUUCCUCGACAAGAUUGCCGAUUCAUCUGAGAACGGCCUACUUGACGGUAUCUUUGGACUCGAAGACUCGGAUACCAGCAGCCACAACAAAACCCUACAGCAUGCAUCGCCACCAACGGGCAUUCUGACACCGGUUGAAUUGGCUGCUGAGGUUGUUCACGGUGUAUGGGAUGCGUUUUCAAAGGGAGUCUUGGGCCUUUUGGGCAGUUUUACUUCCGGUGAUGAUGGAGGCGACUCCCCAGCAACUGGAAACACAGCGUCCGCCACAACCGAGUCUACUCCGCCAUCCCAGGAAACCACAACGACUAGAAUAUCGACGGAAUCCACAACGGAAUCCAGAACCGAAGCGACGGUGGAAACUACCACCACAGCUUCAUCCACGAGUACUACACCGCCAUGAGGAGAAACUCUGUCGCCCAACCUUCGCAUCGGAUAUUGCUCGGCAUUGUUUGCUUGCCAGCUGCUUUGUGGCUGGUGUAUUUAAAGACCGACAAUGCAAAUAUAAGUAGCAGCCACAACACUCAA